CAAGCAGCUACGCGUUGGGUGUCGAGGCGAAACAAGACUGACGAAACGUGUGUGUAUGUAUGUGUGUGGUCUCCUCGUUACAGCAGGUCGCUGUCGAUCGGAUGGCUUCAUGAAAUCUCUUCAGUUGAACAUCUCUCACUGGAACUAAAAAGCCAGAGGAUUUGCCGCACACUCGUUUCGUCGGAUAUCGACAGAGAGGUUUCCCCUCUGGUAGAAGAUGUCCACAAUGGUGUAUCCCCGUGAAGAGAAGCUGGAAAAGCUCUCGCAGGAGGAGAUCAUCUCAAACACCAAGCUGGUGAUCCAGGGCCUGGAGGCGUUGAAGAGUGAGCACAAUUCCAUCUUGCACAGCCUGCUAGAGACCAUCAAGUGCCUAAAGAAGGAUGAGGAAGCCAACCUCGUGCACGAGAAGUCCAACCUGCUCCGCAAAUCUGUGGAGAUGAUUGAGCUAGGCCUGGGGGAGGCACAGGUCAUGAUGGCACUGUCCAACCACCUGAACGCAGUGGAGUCAGAGAAGCAGAAGCUGCGUGCGCAGGUGCGGCGCCUGUGCCAGGAGAACCAGUGGCUGCGUGACGAGCUGGCCAACACGCAGCAGAAGCUGCAGAAGAGCGAGCAGAGUGUGGCCCAGCUCGAGGAGGAGAAGAAACACCUGGAGUUCAUGAACCAGCUCAAAAAGUACGACGAAGACGUUUCGCCCUCGGAGGAGAAAGAUGGUGAACAGUCAAAAGACUCUCUGGAUGACUUGUUUCCUAACGACGAAGAGGAACAUGGUCAAGGCAUGCAGCACCAACACAACAGCGCAGCCGUGGCUGCGGCUCAGCAGGGCGGGUACGAGAUCCCGGCACGUCUCCGCACCCUGCACAACCUGGUGAUCCAGUACGCCUCGCAGGGCAGGUACGAGGUGGCGGUGCCCCUCUGCAAGCAGGCUCUAGAGGACCUGGAGAAGACCUCGGGCCACGACCAUCCUGACGUCGCCACCAUGCUCAACAUCCUCGCUCUCGUCUACAGGGACCAGAACAAAUACAAAGAGGCCGCGCACCUGCUCAACGACGCUCUGUCUAUUCGGGAGAAGACUCUUGGCAAAGACCACCCUGCGGUGGCUGCCACUCUCAAUAACCUGGCCGUGCUGUACGGGAAGAGGGGCAAGUAUAAGGAGGCAGAGCCACUGUGUAAGAGGGCCCUGGAGAUCAGAGAGAAGGUGCUGGGGAAGGACCACCCAGAUGUGGCAAAGCAGCUGAAUAACCUGGCCUUGCUGUGUCAGAACCAGGGCAAGUACGAGGAAGUGGAAUACUACUACUGCAGAGCUCUGGAGAUCUACGAAUGCAGACUGGGCCCUGAUGAUCCCAACGUUGCCAAGACCAAGAACAACCUGGCUUCAUGCUUUCUCAAACAGGGCAAAUACAAGGAGGCUGAGAUUCUGUACAAAGAAAUUCUCACACGUGCCCAUGAGAAGGAAUUUGGAUCAGUGGAUGCUGAGAACAAGCCAAUCUGGAUGCAUGCUGAAGAGAGGGAGGAGAUGAGCAAGGGCAAGCACAGGGACAACACUCCUUACGGAGAGUAUGGAGGAUGGUACAAAGCCUGCAAAGUCAGCAGCCCAACUGUGAACACCACUCUGAGGAAUCUGGGUGCUCUGUACCGCCGUCAGGGCAAGAUGGAAGCUGCAGAGACCCUGGAGGAAUGUGCCAUGAGAUCCCGCAAGCAGAGCAACUCAGGGACUGAUCCCAUCAACCAGAGCCGUGUGGUUGAGAUUCUGAAGGAGGGCGAUGGGGACAGGAGAAGGAGCAGAGAUAGCAUGGCCAGCGUUAAGUACGACAGCAGCUCGGAGGCUGGAGAGGAAGCAUAAGCCAUCAAGAUUUUUCCUCCACCCUUUUCUCCCUCCACCAUCACAUAGCAAAGGAUGUUCUUGUUGUUCCCUCUGGUCUCUUAACUGCCCACCUGCAGAAACAUCCUCUUCCAUUCCUGGUGUCUUCGGAGAGACUGCUCCCUGAUGCUUUCACCUGUUGGGACGUGUGCUUUUUGCUCUCAUUGCUUAUUCUGUUUGUCUUCCUGUGGUUUCACUCCUCCUCCUCCUCCUCCUCCUCCUCCUCCUCCCUACUCCCCCACCCUCACAACUGUAAAUAUUUCUCAGUCUGUACCCCCCCCCCCUCCUUUUGCAUUCCCUUGUUCUCAUCUGGCUCUUUUUUCAGAUCCUCAGCUCUUGGCUUUAGCAGAUUCCGUUGGCCGUGUGCGUUCGGUCUUUAGAAACUGAACAUGUAUGAAUCCCGUUUCUUUUUGCUGUGUAGUCUAUAAAGAGUGGGUUCUGGGAGCUGCACUGCAUCACAGUGUUUCAUUUGGAAUUUGAUUUGUAUUGUGCCGUUUAGAAUCAUUUUGUUUCUUCUCUGUUAGAUUUAAAAUGGCAUUUGUUAAUAUUGUAAUAAUUUUAGUGGCCUAGACUUGAGUAGAUAAUGUUUGGCAGUUUACAAAGUUUUUGAUAACAUGCGUGCCUCUAUUUUGUAGAUUUUGUUUGUUUUUUGUUGUUUGUUCAUGAUGUAUGAUUUUUGUUUGCAAACUGGCUUUUUGAUUUAAAUUGGCAACAUAUCCAAAGGUUAAUGUGAUAAGGAGGUAAGACUUUGUCUGUAAACACUAGCUAAUAAUUAAUUAGACUGCUUAAGGUUUUUCAAAAAUAAAAUCUUAUAGAAAGAAAAACCUUGUGAGGUGAGGUAGGGGGUUAACAUCUCAGAUAUGCUACACAGUCCUUUGUAUUAUUGUUGUACUUGAGUAUUGAUUUUUAUUUUACACAUCAUGUUUACAGUGUUUAUUUUAAGGCUUGCUGUGUCUUUUUUGUUUUGAAACAUUAGCUUGGUAAGGCUAAAGCUGGGACUCUGAACUGGUUCUAGUCCCUGUUACCUGCUCUGCACAGUGGGGCAGAGCAGCAAAUGGUUUUCAGCUUCUGUAGUGUUAAAAAAAAAACAACCCAAAAUCAUCCAACUGCUGCUAUAAGCACAGCGUCAGGCAGGUCCCCUCCGACCAUUGCCCCUAAAGCUUAAUCUAUUACAAGACUAGUGUAACAGUGGUCAGCACUUUGGGCCGUCCAGCAAUGCGUGGUUAGCAUUUAACCUCCAUUUUUACCAGAGCAGCGAGGCAUUUAAAAAGGGAAUGAGGAGGACUAUUUGACACUAAGAGACGAGGUCAGCACAUUGAAGCUCUUUCAACACAACAUGCUGUGGUAACGCAAAGUUACUUUUGUGGAGCUCCAUAUGUACAAAGACGUUACAUUCAGCUUAUUACUGUAAUAAUAACAACAAAUGAACAAUAAAUAUGCUUAGCUAAAUAAACGUUCUUAACACAGUAGAACCGAGAUCAGCUGUGGGCUAAAUGUGCAGACUUAUCUGGAAAGUAUGAAGGUUCUGGACAAAAACUAUGUAACCCUUUUAACUGCGCCUAAGGGAAACCACACCCAGAUGCUGUACAUGUCCUGCUCCAUACAGCGUAUGCUGUCGGAUUCCAGCGUUUCAGUCAUGCUGAAGUGUAAGCUCCAGCUUCACUGAAAACACCCACGCUUUAAGCUAAUGUAGAGGACAUUCAUUAAGGUUCAGCUUGGGAACUGAAUGUAAUGUCAAGGGUGCACUUGUGUAGUUAUGUUCAUGUACUUGGACAUUAUACACAUUUUAGUUCCUUUCAUCUAUUGACUCAGCAUUACGAUUCUUCUGAUGGACAUGUGCACGCUCACCGAAAGACUUUCCAGAGGUAGUAAAGGGUUUAAAGGUGAACAAACAUUUAUCAUGUUAUUCUAAUAGACAAUAUUGUUGUGUUUAGUGUAAUGUGGAUUAUUUAUUGAGCUGUCCUUUAUUGAAAUAAAUAUAUAAACUGUAACUUUGGGUUUUUUAGAACAGUAGUAUUGACCUCUGUCGACAUUAUCGUAGAGAGUAGAAAUCCAUAUACAUAUAUAUAUUCAUCUGUCUGCAUUGUGAUGGUUGUUGAAUCAACUCUUGUUGAUAUCCUCAAAUAAAGCUUUUCAUUUGUGAAGGUA